AUGAACGAUGAAUACCUGCAGAAUUUUGCCGAUAAAGUUGUAAACAAUAUAUCUCGUAAAUAUGAUGAAAAAAUUUCAGACUUGAAGUCUGAUAUCCAAGAACUGAAAACCAUCAACAAGAUCCUCGUGAUAAGCAAUGACAAUCUUGAACAGCAGUCAAGAUUGGAGAACAUCAAAGUAUUCGGAGUUCAGGAAAAUGUUUCUGAAAGCUUGAGAGAUGUAGUUUUAAAACUUUUUCAUGAGGAGUUGAAGAUGAAAACAGUCAAUGAUGCAGAUAUUGUGAAAUAUCAUCGAGUCCCUAGCAGAAACGUCAUUAAUAAUGGAUCUCCUAGUCCCCCUGCUGUUUCAGUGAGGCUGAUCAGUUUAUCAGUCCGUGAGUCCAUUAUGAAAAAUAGAAAACCGCUGAAAUCAACUGGCAUAUCCAUUCAAGAGGACCUAACAAAAUACAGACUCAGUCUCAUGAUAAGUGCAUAUCAGAAAUUUGAUAAGAAGAAUGUGUGGAGCAGGAAUGGUAACUUGUUCUUCAAAUACAAUGAUGUUAUCAGAAAAAUCUAUAAUGCAGAUGAUAUAGCGAGUACCCCCAUGGAAUGA